AUGAAUUUCUAACAACAAGAAUAAUAACAAUAAUAAUAACUCCAAUUAGUUCGCGAAUAGCUUAUUAACAUGACCAACAUCAUGCAAUCUAAGCCUGAAUACUUUUUAUAAGACGCUGCUCAUCAAAAAUCCUUGAUUUAAAGCAUUGAAGAUUGCUUCCAAAUCUUCCCUAAAGGUUGUGCUUUCCUCGCCAACCAACUUAUCCACAUGGAUAUCAAGACUGCCUCUUAGUUCUCAUCAACUUUCCUUUAUAAGGUCACUUAAGCUUGCUUCAAUGCUGAAAACACCUCAAUGGGCAAUAACCUCAAUUUGCUCACACUAAUUUCCAAAAUUGUUUGCGAAGUACCUGCAAUUUUCUCUCCUGUUAUAAAGAAAGGAAGUUUCCUUUCCAAGAUGCUCUCUAUGGAUGCAGAAUGCUUCGGUAAUGAUGAACAACAAUUUGGCAAGGCUCUUCUCUACGUCUCUAAGAUUUUAAAAAUCUGUGGUCGCGCUUCCCUUUAAGCUACCCAUUUAAUGCUUGCCAAGUAACUCAUUUUCACCAAUUUCCAAAUCAUUGAAAAAGAUGCCUGCCUCUUCACCAAUUAUUUGGGAUUGCUCUGCACUCUCCAUCCUGAAAUGAGCUUAUAAGAAAUUCUUAAAUAUAGAAUCCCCUCAAAGCUCUUCAAUCUAUUCGAAAACGCCAAGUCUCUCCCCAUCCCAAUUCAAACUGGUCUUGCUAAACUUAUUGUCAGAUACUGCCCAUCUAAUGCUGACUUACUAAAGUGGCUAUUAGCCAAAGCCUUUUUCGUAAAUGGAGGUAUUGCAUACCAAAUGACUAUUAACGCUUUCUCUUCUAAGUUCCUCAUUUCUGAAGCAUCAAUCAUCUUGGAAGCUAUCGUAUCUUCUAGUAAUCCUGAAAUCAACGCUUACUACCUUAAAAUAGUUGACCACUUACUCAGCAAUGCAGGAAAUGAAAUUUCUGAGACCUUGCUCUUGAGAUGGCUUUGCAAAUUCUAAUUAUUGAAUCACAUUUAGAGCAUCUAUUUCUCAAACAUCAAGCAAAACAACAUUUCAGAGCCUGUUAAAGGAGCUAUCCUUGAUUUCGUCUCAUCUGUCUAGCUCAAAUGCAGCAACUUGAAUUCUAUUUAUGGAUAGUCUUCUAACAUCAUUUCAUCCAAGCUUAAUUCUAUUGGAUUUACUGCCGAAAUCGAAGCCAACAAGCAUCUCUUAAAGAAGAAUCUUGUCCAACAAUAAUAACAGAAUAAUCAAACCCCCGUUGCAGUCAACAACAACAGCAACUGA